AUGGCAGAGACGUCAGAAGUUGAUGAAGACAGCUCUUUAAAUUCUAAAGUCUUAUGCCGACAACAGCAGAUUAAAACGCUGUUGUCACUGUUUGGCCAGAGACAAGCAAUGACCACCGGUUCUUUGUUUAUAUAUGGCCACACUGGAACAGGAAAGUCCCUUGUGCUGCAGUCAGUACUGAAUCACAAUAAGUUACCAUACAUUUUUCUCAAUUCUAUUGAGUGUUCAAGUCCUCGAUUUCUCUUUGAACACAUCCUGAAUAACCUUCCUGUGCAAGGGAGCUACCAGAUCUCCCAGGACUUAAAUAAUCUUCUGAAUAUAGAGAAUGGCGAUGAUGAUGAUGACUACAUACAAUGUGAUAACCUGACAGACUUCAUCAGACUACUUGUCAGCUUUAUAUCUGAAAGCCCACUGAAAAAUCAGACUUUGUAUUUAGUUUUAGAUAAGGCAGAAAGACUGCGGGAAAGUAGUGCGAGCCUAUUGCCAGUCUUGCUAAGACUACAGGAGUUGUCUGGACUGAAUGUCUGCACAAUUUUUGUAUCCGAAAUUGUCUGGGAAAAGUUUCGUUCUGGGACUGGUUUUUAUGAACCAUACUGCCUGCAUUUUCCAGAUUACAGUCGUCAGGAACUGAUGGAAAUCAUGUGCCUGGAUGCCCCGGCAUCAUGUGAGAAAGAUUUAUACUCACUCUACAUCAACAUAGUUCUGUCAGUCUUUCACAUGGUGUGUCGGGACUUGAGGGAGCUACGCCACAUUGCACGGCUGAACUACCAGUAUUUCAUUGAACCUAUUGAAAAAAAUGAAGUGAAACCUUCUGAUACUAAGAAACUAUGGAGAAAUAUUGAACCGCACUUAAAAAAGGCACUGACAAGUGUUUAUCUUCGAGAAGUGUCAAGUCGUCAGUGGGAGCUAUUGCAGCAAGCUGAGCUGGCUGAUCCAGACUCUGAUUUUUCUAAAGCCAUUGUUCCAUCAAGAUCCUAUGUGGAACUACCCUAUUACUCCAAGUUUCUCCUCAUUGCUGCAUACAUUGCCUCAUACAACCCCAUGAAAUAUGACAGGAGGUUCUUUGCUAAAUUUUCCGCCAAAGUGUCUAAACGAGCUAAGCAUGUCAAGAAGAGUGAGAGGACAAGUAAUCAUCUGCUAGGCCCUAAGGUUUUCCCGAUUGAUCGGAUGAUGGCCAUCUUCUACUCCAUUGUUGAGGGGAAAGUUGUUCCAUCAGCUUACAUCAAUGUACAGAUCAGUUCAUUGGUGAGCCUUCACCUUCUGCACCAGAUUGGAGGAGAAGACAAAAUAGCCGCCCCAAAGUAUAAAUGUCUGGUGACGCUCGACUUCAUUCGGUCUGUGGCUAGAACUGUGCAUUUUGAUGUGAUGAGGUACCUCUAUGACUUCUUGUGA